AUGACAGAAGCAAGAGAGGGAAUAAAUGCAUUUGCAAAAGAACUAUAUGCCCGAUGCCUGUACGACCCUUUAGAAAUGCUGUUUAAAAUAAACCUUGCACAAGAGAUUGAGAAUAUGCAUUUCAAAAGCAGAAGCAUGCGAGCCAUAAACUUAUUUGCCAUGAAAGAGUACUUCCAGACAUAUGCCACGCUUCUGUGCCCUGAUUUUAAGCAGACGCCUAUUCCGCCCCUUGAGUACAACUACUGCAGCUGCUGCCCUACUGACCAAGUAUUUCUGCGCAAUUACUCUGUAUAUAUUCUUUCUGAAAUAAAAGGCACAAAAGAGGCAGGAGUCAAACUUGGCUCGGUUUUCUACCCAGAUAGUGUAAUAGAAAAGGCUCUUGCUUCAUCAGGAGAGUGUCCCCCUGUAUGUAAAGCCCGGCUUAGAGACCCAUUUCUACUAUACCUACUUAUGAUUACAAAGAAAGCACAUCUCUCUCCGGAAAGGUACAAAAAAACGCUUCUCUAUCUGUUGAAGAGGGUUCCGUAUUUCUGGGACAUAUACAAGCUUCUUGCAGAGACAGUGACCAUCUCCAACUGCGAGGAGGUUCUUAAGUCGAUUGUAGACCCGGGAAUGGAAAGGCUCUUUCUGCUGUACAUUGGGUGCAAAAAGUCAAUUCUCCACCCAGAUCUGAAAAGACUCCUGGCUGAGUAUAGUGAAAACCGCAGCGCAUUUUCGGCGUAUGAGGAAUCUCUUCUGGCUGCUGUUUUGGGACACUACAAGAAAACUGCACAGGCCCUGGAGGCAAUCGAGCGGGUUGUAGACGAAUCAGUUGGAUGGUGCAACUUUGACCAGUUUUCAAACAUCUUGUACUCUUUAAAAGAUACAGAGCGCCUGGCCAGCCUUCUAUUCCGGGUUUUUGACAGAUUCGGAAACCUGCCUGUAUACCAUUAUGUUUCAGGGAAUCUACUGGCCUUGAAAGGAGACCAUGUAGGAAGUAUUGAAGAGUUCCAGCAGAUACUGCACGAUGAGUGCCUUGGGGAGUUUGACAUUGCAUACAUUUUUGUUGCACAGGAGUACUUCCACUUGAAGGACACGUGUUCUGCAAUUAAGGCGUGCAACCUUGCGCUAAAGAAGAACUACAAUGAUUACCGGGUGUGGCUUUGCAUGGCACAGAUAUACUUUUCUAUCGAAAUGCAUGAGUAUGCUCUGCACUUUUACAGAAAGUGUGCGGAAUUGUCGCCAAGCACAUGCAUUGUGUAUGAAGGGCUGGGCCAGUGCUUUGAUAAGCUAGGCCGUGUGGAGGAGGCACUUCGGUGCUACAGAAAAUGUGUGGAUCAGGGGAGCACCCAGGCGCUGUGUCUUCUAGGUGACUUAUUCUUCCGGCAAGGAAGUGGCGAGUUUAAGACAUAUUAUGAGAAGUAUCUGGCGCAGGCGCUGAAUGAGAUCGAUGGUGUGUCUGAAGCAAGCAUAAAAACAGCAGAGCGUGUGAUUGAUGCGCUUGAGGAGACAGCCGGCUCUAAUGCUGUUCUGCAGUGGCGAGAGGGCCUGGCAUUACUAAAGCAUCACUUGGGAACAUGA